UCACAGCCAGCUCGCUACUUUUCAGCUCCUGAACGGAUCAACUGUAAGAACCAGCUUGUGACCAUAGUGCCGAGUGAUGCUCCGUUCAAUUCUAGAAGAGCCUACACAAGUGAAGAUGAAGCUUGGAAAUCUUACCUGGAGAACCCCUUGACAGCAGCCACUAAGGCUAUGAUGAGCAUAAAUGGCGACGAGGACAGUGCUGCUGCUCUUGGAUUACUCUAUGAUUACUAUAAGGUUCCAAGAGAUAAGAGGCUGUUGUCUGUUAACAAAGUGAGUGACAGUCAAGAAGACCAAGAUAAAAGAAGCUGUCUUGUCACCAAUGAAGCUCAGAGAAACUUGAACAGCAGCGGUGAAAACAGAGUGCAGGUGUUGAAAACCGUCCCUGUGAAUCUGUCUUUGAAUCAGGAGCAGCUGGAGACAUCCAAAAGGGAGCAAUUCAGCACCAGCGUGUCUGGAAGCCCAACCUCGAUAUCUGUGACGGGAGUCAUGGUGGUGAAAGCAGAAGACUAUACCCCUCUUUACAUGGCACCCUCAGUGCAUUACGCAAGGGGCGAAAAUGAAGAGCAUCGGGGGGUUAUAUUUGAACAUGCGCAUUAUGAAGUGCCCAGCAUCACACCCCAUACAACUUACAUGAAAGACGACCAACGCAGUACUCCUGGUAGUACUUACAGUGAUACUUUCAAAGAUGGUGGUGCAGAGAAAUUUCGCAGUGGUUCUGUGGGGCCUGAGGAAUACAUUUAUGAACAAACAGCCAGCACAUUUCGGUAUACUUUGGAAGCUACCAAAUCUUUGCGUCAAAAGCAAGGAGAGGGACCGAUGACGUAUUUAAACAAAGGGCAAUUUUAUGCCAUCACACUGAGUGAGACUGGAGACAACAAGUGUUUCAGACACCCAAUCAGCAAAGUUAGGAGUGUGAUCAUGGUUGUCUUCAGUGAAGACAAAAACCGAGAUGAACAGCUGAAGCACUGGAAAUACUGGCAUUCCCGGCAACACACAGCUAAGCAGAGGGUUCUUGACAUUGCUGAUUACAAAGAGAGCUUCAACACAAUUGGGCACAUUGAAGAAAUUGCCUAUAAUGCAGUGUCUUUUACCUGGGAUGUCAACGAAGAAGCAAAGAUUUUCAUCACUGUGAACUGCCUGAGCACAGACUUCUCUUCUCAAAAAGGAGUGAAGGGGCUUCCUCUGAUGAUCCAGAUUGACUCGUACAGCUACAACAACCGCAGCAACAAGCCCAUCCACCGUGCCUUCUGCCAAAUCAAAGUUUUCUGUGACAAGGGUGCCGAGAGGAAGAUUCGAGAUGAAGAGAGGAAGCAAAACAGGAAGAAAGUGAAAGGCCAACUAUCACAACCCCCGUGUAGCAAUGCCGAUGGGAAACUCGCUGCUGUCCCUCUCCAGAAGAAGAGUGACAUCACCUACUUCAAAACAAUGGCCGACCUGGACUCCCAGCCUGUUCUUUUCAUACCAGAUGUUCACUUCGGGAAUCUCCAAAGGACUGGGCAGGUUUACUACAACACAGAUGACGAGCGAGAAGGAAGUAUCUUAGCUAAAAGGAUAUUCCGGCCAGUAGAGGAAGAGUUUGGCCCUCCACCACUGAAGCAAAUAAAAGAAGAAGGAGCCAAAAGAGUGCUGCUCUACGUGAGAAAAGAGGCUGAUGAAGUGUUUGAUGCUUUGAUGUUAAAGUCCCCCACUGUAAAAGGCCUCAUGGAAGCGAUUUCUGAGAAGUACGGCCUUCCAGCUGAGAAGAUCACAAAGCUUUACAAGAAGAGUAAAAAGGGGAUCUUGGUAAACAUGGAUGAUAACAUAAUUGAACAUUACUCCAAUGAAGACACUUUCAUCCUGAACAUAGAGAGUGUGACAGAAGGCUUCAAAGUCACGUUGACGGAGAUCUAAUCCUGUGUCGCAUCGCUCUCAUCUUAAGGAACAGUUCCCCUACAGCCCUGACGGCUGACUAAUGCUGAGAAAAGAGGGCGUUACAGAACUUCAUGGCAAACAACCACAUUCGUUUUCACCCCAGGAAACAAGUCUGACACACCUUCUCAUUAUUCCUUAUUUAUUGUUCCUCACUCUGCAUUGUGUAAAUAAUCAGUGGACCUUGGACUUCACCAUCUCACCCUCUCCUAGGGUGAAAUUGUGGCUUGUUAAAAAAAAAAAAUCAGCUCUUUAAUAUGGAAGAAAAUGGAUCUGAGGAAUCGUGUUCUUCCAGUUGGGACAAUACAAGCAAAACUGCACCCUCAGAAACAAAUGGCUAGAAAGUCUGGUAAUAUCAUUCACGCAGAGGUAAUGAUGGGAAAGUGGCUGAUGACUCCCGCCUGUGCAAAACUCCCAACAGUCGCUGAGUGUAACGUGUAGCUUAGCCAUAGAUCUCCAAGUACUUCCCCACCUGUGGCAAUGGGGACGGUUGAGUAAGGCAAUCAGAUGGUAUGUAAUUUGUAAGUAAAACGCCAUCCGUUUUAACCCUUUGUAUAUAAUGUUUAUAAUAUGUAAUAAUAUAUUCUUCCUGUGUGGAUGUGUUUACUUGCCCCUCUGUUGUAUGCUGGAAUUAGAUGAUGGCAGAAUCUCUUAUACAGGAGAGACAUUCUGCCAUCAGCUAUUUAGUGUGCAGAGAGGUUGAUGUUUCUGUACCUUUUGCCCAGGGCUUGUCCAUCUAUACUAGUUCUCCUUAUUGUCACAUCUGGCCGCAUCCCGGGAAGCUUUGGAAUGCUUGCGGUUGUGCUCGAGCUCCCAUUCCCUGUGCAGUGAAUCUUCACAGGCUUCACAUUUCCUGUGUUACUUGUCUUCUUUCUCUGCACCCCUGGACUUUCACUGUUGUUUUCUGAACCAUUGUUGGGUGCAGCCCUCCAUUUUGGUGCACUUUAGGCAUGCGCCUAGAGAUGAUGGGAGGAGCUUAUUGGUGAAGGCCCUGAGUUCAGUCCCCUUACGCUGAUCUUGGUAGAUCAGUGGUCUGAGUAUAAAGCAACUUCACGUGUUCAUGUGCUCUCCCACCAUGCUUGCUUUUGCUUCUGACAUCAGGUUUUUGGAAGACAUGUGAUUCCCAUUUCAGUUUGCCACGACUUUGGUCUCUUUUGAACACUAAAACCAAAACUGAAUUAAGCUGGAUAAUAGUUUAUAAUUAUAGCGGGGUCUGAAAUUAUUAGAUUUAGAUCUCUGCACAGGACAUCUGCUUUUUUAUUUCUUCUUUCGCCUGAAUGAAAGCAUCAAUUGAUCACUCAGACCCAUUUGCACAUUGUCUGUGUUUCAGGCACAUUGCCUGUGACGCAUGAAAGUGUGCUGUGUUAAUUGUGCCAAGAAAAGAACCACAUGUGACAGAAUGGGAAUGUGACACAGCUCACAUGGGGAAAUGGCUUUUUCUCCGUGGUGGUGUUGUAGGGAGAUGCAUGCCAAAAGUCCUGGAGAGCCACAUUGGCACUGGUGGUCUUUGUGCACUUGCAAAUGUAUUGUGUUCCCAUAAAAGGGGGCACAACUUGACCUCCCCCCUCCAUUCAUUUCUGUCCCUCCUACAACCUUUCUACAUCUUCUAACUCUACACACUUUGUAGCUGUUUUGUUUUUUCCUUCCUGUGA